AUUGUUUUAUAUGUAUUUUAUUAUUUUGUUGUUUCCCUUCAACGUGACUUUACCGAAAAAACUAAGAAUAUGAACACGUUGAACUGUUGCCUGUUAUGCCUGUCACAGACCGCUGGAAAGGAUCAAGACAUCCAGCAGUUAAAUGCCAGCCCAGAGGAAGACCAGGAGGUGCCUUCACUGGCAGAUAUCAUGUGGAUAAUGGACGAUGAGGGCGAGACCUUUAGCAGACUCCGGUCAGAGCUCAGGCCGGGCAAGCAGAAUCGCCGCACCAACUCGCUCGCGUCGCUGCGCAAGGUUUUCUCUUCCCCGUGCAUGCGUGGGCGGCCCGCGGGCGCCCGGCCCCCGCUCGCCGAGGAGGACGCGCCCUCUCGCCCCCGUCUGGAGGAAGAGCUGAGCCACCUGCGCGCGCAGAUUGCGCUACUGCUCGCCCGCAAGCCGGCCCCGCAAGCCUCGCCAGGCGCCGAGGACCAGUCGUGCAGCGUGCCGGCCGGCCUGGCGUGGGUUCUGGGCUCUGAGGAACACAGUGACGACGAAGACGAGACGCCAAACGGACACCUUGGUCCCCUGAGCAACGCUCAGUCUUACAGUGGCACCGCACUGACGGACAACGAGCGCCAACCAACCGACCCGGCGUCCGUCAUCACGGAGGCCGUCAAGCUCAAGUUUUCGAGUCCUUCCUGAGGAGACCUCUCGUCUUCCCCCCCCCCCCUCUAGUGGCAGGAGGUGGCACUGCCCACGUGGGGAAGUGUUUUUCCAACUGAGAGUGAGUGAGAUUCGCGUCCGUGAGCCGCGUGGCGUAUGAUCCCGUUGCCUUUCCCCCUCGAUGCACCUUUGAUCAUUGCCAAUGUGAACGCACAUUUGCUUGCCUGCACGUGUACUUGCCUGUGUUUUAUUACCCUCUACUGCACCAUACGCUCUGACCUCAACCCUAAAAUGGCCAAUCUGUAUCGCACACACUCGGAUGGAUUCAGUUCACACCAUAAAUUGAGAGUGAACUCAUAGCGUCAAAAAGUUAUUUUUGGACGGCCACGUGUUACGUGCCAGUCAUUAAUCACUUGUGGAAAGUGACCAGAUUACAAUGUGUGUAAACAAGCUUCUUUAUAAAAUAGCAUACAAAAUCAGUUAAUUCUGGCGAAUGGCAUUUUUCUUAAAAAGAUUCACGGUAAAACGAGGAAGAUGGAGAUCAGGAAAAACUGGCAUCACUAUUUUCAUCAUUCAUAUACCGUAAUCGCUUUUUAACUGUUACUUUUUUAAGUUUGGCUUGAGGAAGCCUUCUAUCUUCUGGCUCGAUGCAGGCCUUUAAUUUCAACAAGCAUCCAUUGUUUUAUAUUUAACGUAUUUGAAAGUUGUGAAUUGUUAUCCAGCUUUAUAAAAAUAACAGGUGAUAAGAGAACAAUAUGAUCGAAUCUUUCGCAAAAUGUACCUAAGAUUAAGCGCGCACUAGCUAACCGUAUACAUAGCCUCGGGAAAACUCUUGUUUGUGAUGGUGUACAUGGAGAAUGUCGUAAAUAAGAUAACUCGUAUGUAAAACGAGUUGCCUGGCAGGUGAUAUCAGGUGAAUGGUGGAAGGUGUUUGCAUGACUUCCCAGUGCCUCUGUGUGUGAUUCACAUAGUGUGGCUUAGAGGCAUCCCUGCAUUAAUGUCACUGAAGCGUCGAGGAGUUCACCCUUACUUGGCUGCCGUCACCCAGAUGGUGUUAAUCAUUAAUCUAAAUUCUUCAAGGUAUUUAUAUGAGCGGGAUAGAAAAAGACUAACACCUGCCGGGUUCCGCAGCAGCAUGGGCCAAGAGCAAGGAUGCGCUUCCAUCUACGAUCACGAGCACACAUGUGAUGAUGUGUCUCAUGCAAUGUAUGAUACACCGCUGUCUCAAAUCGUAGCGGAUCCUCAAUAAUGUGGCGAACGGUGGACCUGCUAACCUCUGCAGAAAGCAGCAGGCUUAGUUGACGCGGUCACAGAUAAGCAGGAUUCUCCUGUGCCAUGAUUUGCAAACAUGUAAAUCAAGCAUUUUUAUUAUGAAUACUUCUACCGCUGGUGGCUUCUCCGCUGUGUGCGUGCUCGUAUAUAGUCGCAAACGUCACCCGUCGACAGCUACCAGCCAAGUUGUGAUGCCCGAAAUGUUCAAUCGUGAAGCUAAUAUUUUCGUCAAACGUACAGUUUAUAAAAAGAUUAUCUUCUAAUUUGUUACAACAACAAAAAAAAUCGCAGUAUAUCUAAUUUAUACAUGUGUACAUUGGUCACAAGUGAGACAACUUCAAUGACUGCCUUGUUUGCCUUUCACUCAUGAACACACAACACAUGCACUGUGACGCGUUCACUCGUGCAGUCGCGUGUCUUUUAACCUCGUGGCCUCUCUUUGCGUGUGAUGUUCAGUAUUAAUUGUAAUCAAAAUAGUGCAUUGUCAUAUCUUGUUCGCUUGCUGUGAUUUUAAAACUAUCCUUCGAUCGUUUUAUGCUAUUGGUGAGCGCGUGAAUAAAGCGAGUUGAAAAGCUCACGUUUACCUGA